CGCAACCAAACAGUAAGUACCAGAGACAAGACUGGUGUGAUGUGAUGAUGUGAGCGCUUCGAAAUACUAAUAUGGGGAUGAAGACGGGAUAGCGAAUAAAGGAAGGAUGACGCUCAGCACGCCCUGCUCAGGCAGCGUGGCCGACGACACCGACGGCCGUGAAGAUCUGGACUCCAAGAGCCAUAUAACGACCGCCGCUGCCGUGCCACGCAGCCUUCUCUUACAGCAGGAAAACACGUACGUCCCAAUAUCCCCUGCCACACCGUCCGCGUGCUCCUCCUCAUCAAGGAAAGCAAGAGCCUGCGGUAUCAGUAUCGCAGACCAAUAUCCGCUUUCUUGCCGAGGGCAAGAAAGACCGCAGUCGCAUCGGCCUUAUCAGCCGACCACAUCUUAUUCAUGUUCAUCGUCCAGCUCCAAGAACAGCAUGGCAAAGCUCGUCGCAGCCUCCACGGCCUCAGCGCUACUGGUGGUGCAGGACCUACUUCUUCCAGGGAUCCUCUCCAGAAGUGGUUCCAGUUUCUUGCCAGAUCAUACCAGCUGCUUCGUGGCCGCCUCAUCUCUCUCCGCGGGCGCGGCGACGGCGAGGACUAAAAAUGUGAAGGCAAAGAAGUCUACUUCGGCCGCGACGAGUGCUGCAACAGCAUCAUCUUCAUCUACUGCAGUGCAUCACGACCAUGAGCAUGAGAAGAUUGCUUCUAAAGAAAAAAAGGACGAAGACGUCAACUGGGUGCGAGUGAGCGAAGCAACGGAGGACGAAGUAGACAAAAAGAGCGUUCUUGAUGGGGAAAGAACGGCAGGUCGCUCCACUUCAAGCAACUCAGGUAGAAGUAGCAACGACGACGACGACGACGGCGUCCUUCCGCUUCGAAUCGGGAAGCAAGAUCUCGUCGUGCAGAAAGUAAAAAAGGAGGAGAAACAAGAAGAAGCACAAAAUGGAGAAGGAGAAGAGAAAAACAAAAUCGUCCACGACGGCACACACGGGUACUUCCAACUUGUGAAGCACAGCGGCGCGAAUAUCAAGAAACCAGUACAGGAGCAGCAGCAGCAUUGGUCUUCCGAAGAGUACGACACGGAAGAUGGGCACCACAUCAGACAAUAUUUCCAAGACAAGGAUCUGCACGAUGAAACACAAACAUCUCCUGCUUCCACCUCGAAAAACAAUCAAGACCUGGCUCUUUCCCCAGCACCAACGUCCGAAAUUAUCAGUGCGCUCUCGCGGCACAAGAGCUACGCACAGCAAGACGCCAUAGUUCCGCAGACGUGUUCCAAAGUUACGGAUUUGACGUGGGGCACGGACAAGCCGACGACGAAAGCUAUGGCGUUCUCAACUGUUCUUACAUUCUCAACUGUUAGUACAGGAAUAUGUGAUGCAAGAAUGGCAAAAGUGAAUGCCGUGACCUUCCGCGUCUUGCAUGACAGAUGUGGCACAGGAGAAAGAUUCUCAGCCUGUUUGGCAUUUCGAGAAUUUGUCAUGCGAAGCAGCUUGAUCGCGUCGGUUUUGAUGGUAAUUCUGCAUGACAAACAGUUGAGAAUGUAACAUUUGAGAACGCCAUAAAAGCCUCGGGCAUCGCCGUUUCCGGUGGCGAGCUGGUGUUCACGACCGAGAAUAUCCAAGAAAAAAACUGUUUCACUGUAAACUUGUCAUGCAGAAAAUGUAAUCUGAGAAGUCAGAAGUGUUUGUCUUGCUACACAUGCAAGACAGUGCAUUUUUAGCUGUGUUUUCCUUGGGAAUCUCGCAUGACAAAUUUUCUCUGUCAUGCAGAACAAACUUGUGAUGUAAAACUUGCAAAAUCCUUACUUUACAGUGAAACGCUUUUUUCUCACGAUAUAGAAUGAGCCGAGUUUGCUGCACUUGGACUUGGAAAGCAUGGGCACGCGGGUGGAGACGUAUGAACUGCAAAAGAAAAAGUAUCGUAGCUAGUAUAAAUGGCAUGACAAAUUUCCUUAGCAUUAGAAAUGGAAUUUGUAAUGCGGAUUUGCCUCGAGAAGAAGAUUUGUAAUGCAUUACUGCAAUUACAACUAUAAGUGCGAUACUUUUUGCACAGGAUAAAACGCUGCCGGCCACGUUGGCGGCCACCAGUCUGACGGGGGUAGCCGUGGAUCACGGCUGGUUUCCGCUGAAGAAGGCACAGGUAGUAAAGUAUACGGUCGCAGUAGUACAGAUUUUUUUUCUGGUAUGGCGUUGAUGAAUUUCAAUUUUGUUUUUGACUGAAGUUGUGCGGCACACGGCGCAGUACCAGUUGUAUACUUUUUUCGAGUAUCUUCAUGGUGUGUGUGACCACAUUUCGAAAAAAAUCGCCAGCACAUAAAUUCAAUUCUACUUUCUUGAACAUCAGAUGUCCAUCUCUACCCUGGAGACUGGCCGGCGCGAAAUCUCGGAUAAAGAAGAAGCUAAGAGCCACAUGCUCCGCAAGCAAGACGACUUCACCUUGGAGACGCUGCAGAAGACGCUUGCCGCGGAGAAGCAGCACCUGCACGAAGUGCUGCACCACACGAAGCGGGAGCAGGAACUGAAUAAAAAACUGCCCGGGCGCGCGGCUAUGCAGUUCAAGGCCGUCCUGGCGAAAAAUUUCGACAAGAUGUUCGGUGGCGAGCCCGUCACCCAGCGGUUCGUCACGCCGAAGGGUGUGCGGUACCUGAAGAUGACCCGGGAUAAUCUCGACAUCGCGGACAGCAUCGAUCCCAUCCCUUUAUGCAUUGCAAGAGCAUCGUACUCCCUCGUAGUUGUAAUUGCAGUCAUGCAUUGCAAAUCUUUUUACUAAGUUGCAUCCGCAUUACAAGUUCCAUUUCUAAUGCUAAGGAAAUUUGUAUUGCAAUCACUACUAGUACGAUACUUUUGCAGUUCAUACCCUUUGAGUGAGGACUAUUCCCAGGCCAUCAACGAGGAAAACGCGGAGUACCAGCUGCCGGACGGGGGGAGUUUGAUAUGCAACAAAAAAACUUUGUAAGUGUAAAUCUGUGAUGCAGAACAUGCAACAGAGUUACACCUGUCAUGCCAGACAACCACGAAGUCCUCUUUUCGUGUGUGCUUUCCCUUAGAAGCCACGCAUCAGAGGUUUUCUCUGUCAUGUAGAGCAAAUCUGUAAUGCUGUCAGCCAAAGAAAGUUACACUUACACUAACAUAGUUUUUUUCUUGGAUAUUUGACCAAGAAAGUGUACACGGACGGGCGGGACCAGAUGUGGCUCAUAUCCUGUGCAAAAGUAUGGUGCUUGUAUCAUAAAAUUAAUCGCAUGAGAAAAUUCCUCAGCAUGAGAAGUAUAAUGAAAAUGUGUAUAUGCGGACUUUCUUACCCUGAGGAAGAGAUUUUUUAAAUGCGUUGCUGCGAUUCGUACAACGAGCGCGGUGCUUUUGCAGUGCAUAGCUCACUAAGGAUUGCAAAAAUGUCUGGGUCUGGAAGAGUCCGAGUUUGUCAUGCUAAAACUGAUCGAUGCAAAAAUCUGUAUUGCGUGACCAGCAAAAGUCCUCAGUUUUGGUUACCAGAAGGCGGCAUUUCUCAUGCGGAUUUAGCAUUGCGUAGCCAUCUCAAAACUUGUGAUGCUAGAGCCCACAUUCCAGACCUUCUGGGUCAUGCAAAAUAUGCAUGAGAAACCUGGUAAUCUUCCAGACCCAGACAUAUUUGCAUUUGAUACUCACAGCGACGGACAAGCUGUACCAGUAUGACCCGGUGGGGAAGACGGUGAAGAACCAGUAAGGAUCAUUUUUUACUUCUGCUCUGCUGUUGUAGAGUAGCAGCUAUGGAGAAGCUGAAGCAGGUCUUUCGCUUUGUUUCGACGCACCAUCAGAAUUUCUGCUUGUUCUGCACGCGCAUACUUACUGCACAACAUCAAUUUAUGGACGCAUCUUGUAUGGGCAUGAUCAUGAAGUAGUAGAUGAUGAUUUUCGCAUGAAAUUUUAUUAUCUACUCCGUUACCACAGGCUUCCCUUCUACGACCAGAGCCUGUGGCAGACAUCCCCGGUAUCACAGGAAAACGAAAAAGUGUUAACUUAUACGGAAUUUGUGAUGCGGCAGUGCAUCGAAAAACGCGCCGAAAUUUGUCAUGCAUAGCAUGCGUAGGACGCUAAAUUUGUAAUGCAAGGCUGCAAUCUGUGAAAAACCGUAAUAGCGUUAACACUUUUUCUUGUGAUUUCCGGCCUUGAAGGGCGACCCGGUGGAUCUGGAUUACGGGGCCGGCGCCGUGGCUCUGGGUGCGGAGGAGCGGCUGUACACCCUGAGCCGCUGGGGCUUCGUGCACGAGUUUGAUGUCAGCUCGACGCCAAAAGCCUAUCGGCCCUUCGCUGGCAAUAUGCAUUGCAAAAGUAUCGUAAUAGUUUGAAUUGCAUGACAAAUUUGCUCAAGAACAAAAAUGCAAUUUGUAAUGCUGUCAUCUUCCCUUAGAAAGUAGAUCUGUCAUGCAUGACCGCACUACGAGUACCGUACGAUAGUUUUGCAGAGCAUAGGCAAGCGCGUGUCGCCCACCGCGUCCGCGUGGCGGUUACUAUGCAAUGUAAAUUUCCUGUACAUGUACAAAAUGCAUGACAAAUUUUGCUACCUUGCAUAGUCGAACCUGUCAUGCUGGACUAGGAUUGAAGGCAAGUUUUGUCAUGCAGAGACUGCAUUUGUACGUGUGCGGGAAAUUUACUGUGGAUAGUUACCUGCCGGGAGCUACUGGAAAGGACGGCCCUCGUCUUCGAAAGCGUCGGGCGAAAAGACUACAGCUGACCAAUCACCAACCGCUGGAGCUGCUCCUGCUGCACUUCUUCAAGAAAAAACCAAAACGUCCUCGACGACCUUGGUGCAGCUUUUCCGAAAGUUGAAAGAGGUGAAGAAAGCGGAAAAAGAGAAGCAAAGAAUGUCAAGAACUUUCUCGAGGACCGCUUCCAAAUCUAAAGACCUUCAGAAUAUUCAACAGCAGCCAAACAACGGUCAAUAUCUGAACGUGGCUGCCGCCCUGAGUGCAGCGAAUUCCGGAGCAGGUGCUGGAACAACAACCUCUCUAACCCCGUCGCUAAACGCCAAUGGCCUGAUCUCCGCGGCCGCCGCGCAGCAAGCCGCGCAGCAGCAGGCCGCGGCAGCGGCUGCGGCGGCAGGAGGUGCCAAUCAGAAUAACAUCAAUCCGGCCGCGAGUUCUACUUCUCAAUCUGCAAACCCGAACGCCCCACCGACGUACACGUUCGAAACGAAUGUGGAGGCGCCGCCACCCACGGAGUUGAGCAUCGCGGUGGAAACCAAGCCGGCCUCGGCCGCGCUGGCGCCGAAGGGAGAGAUCGGGGGGCCGGUGGGACUCAGCUUCCUCGACGGGUAUCUCUUUCUCGCCACGGAGAAAGACGAAGUCGACCCGGAAGACGCCGGGUUGCAGGAGGAACAGAGCACCGGACCGCUGCUGUACGUGUACGCGCCGUCAGUGGACCCGCGGACCGAGGCUGUGAUGACUUUUGUGGAGGAGGAAGGGCCGAAUUUCUUACUUGGACCGGCGACGAUAAGUAUUGAUAAUCUUUUUGCCUGUAGUACUUCGUCGUGAUCGUCAGAUUUUUGCCCAUGGUGGGACUGAGAUGAUCUUCAUACAUAGAGUAUGCAUUGUGGCAAGAGAAGUAGGCCAGUAUGAGUUUCUCUAUAGCUACUUUUCUAUCUCCAACCCCAACAUCCUCCACGACGCAAAGAGCCGGCCGUGUCGACGACCGAGGUGGCCACCACAACGCUGCCCGCUAUGACGCUGGAGGAGCAGACCUGGUGGUUUCUGCACGACGCCCCGGAAAAAGGCGAGGACAGCGGGAAGAAUGCUGUCGAAACCGACAAGAAGCCGUCCGUGCCAUUUGGUCCGAAGGCCUCGUUUGGGAAAGGAGAGGGAAAUCAAUUAAAAAACGAACCCAGCCUCGAAGAGACCUUGACCGGGAUAGAAUUCGCCGACACACAGUACGACCUGCUCGUUGCUGCGGACCAGGCGGCAGACAAGGAAAGCUACGAAUUUCAAGUAACGACAGCUGGCGCAGCAGCCACGUAUGCAUUGCAAAAGUAUCGUGCUACGUAUAAAUUGCAUUACAGAGUGACUACGUAUAGCAUUACAAAUAAAAUUUGUGAUGCUGUUUUACGACCGCAGAAAAGAGAUUUGUCAAGAUGUAUAACAGCAGUUACCACGAGUGCGAUACUUUUGAAGUUCAUACCUCCAAGCAGAACGCAACUUCGAACUCAACUACUUCUAACACAACUUCUACAGGUAUGAAUUGCAAAAAUGUCUGGGUCUGGAAGAUUGCAACUUGUCAUGGUAAAUCUGAAGCAUGCAAAAAUCUGUGUUGCAUGAGUGCCAAAAGCUGUAAACUUUUGCCCAUGGGAGUUUCUCAUGCAGGAUAGGCAUGGCAGAGACCUCGCAGAGUCUGUCAUGCUAAAUCCUGCAUUCCAGACCUCAUGGGUCAUGGAAGAUGUGCAUGACAAGUCUACACUUUUCCAGACCCAGACACUUUUGCACUUGAUAACAGGUGCUGCCGGCGGAGCUGAUGGUUCAUCCGGAGCGGGAGCCGCGGCACUGGAGGUGCGCAUAUGGCCUGCGCAAGCGGUACAAUCUCAAACGUUACAGCAGAAUCUGGAUUUUGUAUUGCAUAAAGAGCAUGUGGAACGCAGAGAGAAUUGUGGUUUUCGCAAGAAUACAAAUUUCGCCGGAUUUCAGGUGGGUUUGGGACUCCGAAACUUGUCAUGCGCAAUCCUAUGGGAGUAGGCUAGGUCAUGCAGUUCUUGCAUCACAGAUUUCCAGACUCUAUUGUAACGUUUGAGAUUGUAACACCUGAGAGGGUUAUAGCGCAACAAGAAAACUUCUCCCUCGACAAGCAGAAAAUCUACUGCCGCGUCCUCGCCUGCUGCACCCGAGAGCGUGACGUUGCUGCGGCUAUCCCACCAGCAGCAAGAAAAUGCCAAGUUCGAUCCGCUUCUGGCAAUCGGCCGCGACGCCCAGCGCGAAGUGAUGAAGGCGGACCAUAAGGUCACGGACCAGACGCAGGAGGGGACGGAGGACCCAGUAUGCAUUGCAAAUACGUCUGGGUCUGGAAGCAUAAAACUUGUGAUGCUACGUCUGGACUCUACGUAAAAUCUGUAUUGCGUAAAGAGCAAAAUAGGUCGAGUUCUUGCUACGCGGAGAGGGUAUUUCUCAUGCGGUAUGAGCAUGAUCAGAAAGCCCUCGCAGAAUCUGUGAUGGUAAGGCAUGGUGCAUCACAGACAUCAUGGGUCAUGGAAAAUAUGCACCAUGACAAACCUGGCAAUCUUCCAGACCCAGACACUAUUGCAGAUGAUACCCCGGGCCCACGCACGAUCUGGAGCGGCCCUCGAUCAUUCCUGACCACGACCUGUCGCAGGAGCGGAUCGACGACGCAAAAAAGGAAGGUAGAGAGCUGAGUCUGAACGAAAAAACCAAAACGACCUACAAGAAAAGGAGGGGAGGAACCAGCGGAUCCAGACACGUGGAAACCCUCGCCGAGGAAGGCGCCGGGGGCCACCGCACCAAGAUUCACAACCUGUUCGACCGCGUGCCAGGGGCGGGCAGCAUGUCCGAGGAGCAACUGCAGAGGGAGAAGUCGCAGGAGGAAAAAGAAAAGUACUACGCCAAGAUCGACGACGGCGACUACGAGGACCUAAUUGAGGAAGAGAAGGCGCAUAUCCUGUGCAAAAGUAUCGUACUCGUAUUGCAGUCAUGCAUUACACCGGUAAAUGCGCAGUACAAAUUUUAUAUUUAUUUCUCAUGCUGUUAUAUGAGUUCGAUACUUUUGCAGUUCAUAGCGCACGGCCUGCUCGAAUCCGGGCGCACGGAAGAGGAUAACGCGUCCUUGAAACUGACCCAGAAGCAGCUGUUCGCAAAGCUUCAGAAGGACAAAGCCGAGCAGAAAAGGAAGAAGGAACGGGAAGAAAAGAUCAAAGAACACCCGCCGUCCCCCGACCUCCUGGAAGCCCGAAAGUUCAUGUACCAGAAAAGAAAAGAGACCAAAGAACGGAUGGAUUUCUACAGCCUCCCCGAUUUCGCCCAGUCGCCGCUGUCCGCGGAUGGUGUGGCCGCGAGCAUGGAGCUAUGCAGUGCAAAAGGGGUCGUAUUCGGUAGAAAUUGCAGAUGCAACUACAAAUAACCCUGCUUCGGACAGAAAUUGAAAUAAAAUGUUGGAACUUGUCAUGUCGAUUCCAUUAUUAAUGGUUAAGCAUGUGACUACAAAUGCGAUGCUUUUGCACUGGAUAAACGCAGCCGGAGGAGGACGGAAUCGAUGACCCCACGAUGCAGACCUUUUUGCACAAGCGGAAGACCGCCGCUUCGAAAUUGCGCAAGGAACUGACCGCUGUCGACAAGGAGGCACUGAAAAAUCCCGUGCCGAGCAACAGUGGGAGACUGGACGAAAUCACCCGGGACGCGCAGCCGACCCGCAGGGCCUUGACCUGGCAGGAGCGGGUGGACUUUUACCAGAAGCAUUUGAAGCCGAAGACCGAAGAGGAGCUAAAAGAGGACGCGGAAAAACAGCAGAUGCGAGCGGAGGAAGAAGACGAGAAGGAGUUCAUGCGCGUUGGGGAAAUCCGGAUGAGGCACAUGAAAUCGCGGCUCCCGAACACUGCACAGUUUCUCACGGAGCAAGGGCGAACGACGCUCGACGGCGAUGCUGUUGACAAUGAGGACGACGCCGAGAGCAGUGGUGAACUACAAAAGCAAACGGGCACGGUUGGGUCGAACCAGUUUUACUUCGAACUUGGUUUGGACGCGAAAGAGGAAGACCGCCACCCACCCGGCUGGCAGCGCGUCCGGGGGAAUAAGCGGGGGCCCGACGGCGAGCCGACGCAGGAGCAGUGGGAACGGGCGCAGGCCAUGAAAGAGAAGCGGGAGAAGGAGGAGGAGCGGAUGCAAGAGGAGCAAAUCUACUACAUGCGGACGGAGUUGCAGAAGAUGAAGGACGACAAAAAGUUCCGGGAAGAAAAGCUGAAAGGCCCGGACAGGAAGAACUUCGAAGGCGACACGGCGCUCGAUAUGAAGUGCAAAUGUGUCUGGGUCUGGAACAUUGGAACUCGAACUUGUAAUGCUGGUCUUACAUUUGUGAGAACUCUGUAUUGCAUGACCAACGAAUAAAGUAGCGGCCUCUUUUAUGAUCCGAGAGCGCAGUUCUUUCUCAUGCGAGCUGCGUACUAUGCGAAACCGUUCUGCGAUAAACUUGUCAUGCUUGUCUGCAGAUCGGGAAGUGUUUUCAUCAUCCUCAGUUCAGCAUCACAAAUCUCCAGACCAAGACGUAUUUGCAAUGCAUACUCGACAUGUUGCGGCUCAAGGCGACCUCCGUAAACAGCGAUCCGCAGGCGGAGCUGCUGCGCCUGCGGUAUGGGAGUGUCAGGAUUGAAAUUAACAAAGUUGAAAUAGUUUGUGAUGCAUAAAAUGGAUGAAAGUUGUAACCCAGUUUCUAAGUGGCGCAUGACAAAUUUGGGUAGAGCCGAUACCCAGUUUGUCAUGCUGUUUGGGUAAGGAAGGCGUCUUUUGUCAUGCUACUUUAGCAGCUCCGUUUCCACCCCUCAACAGGCUUACAAUCUGCCUCACUUGCCUACUCUGCAAGAGAGGCACUUUGUGGGCUGCAUUUUAUGCAUUACAAGUUAUUUCAACUUUGUUGAUUUCAAACCUGACGCAUCCAUAUGCGGACCGGGAACGGCGUGGGCGAGCAGGCGGUGCUGCAAAAGAUCGACGCGUUGCUGGAAAAAGACGAUUUUGACCUCUGGCUGGACAUGCAGGAUGCGGAGCGCGAAAACCAGGAGCGGCUGGGGAAAAAGGAGAAGCCGACCGCCGAGUUCACGGAGUUGUGGAGCCGGCCGCCCAUCCAGGCCUGGUGGAACAACCCGACCUACUAUCCUGUGCAAAAGUAUCUGAUACUCGUAUUGCAAUCCUGCAUUACAAAUUUUUUUUUCAAGGUAAAUCCGCAUUACAAAUUUUAUUUCUCAUGCUGAGGAAAUUUGUACUGCAUUUAUACGAGUGCGAUACUUUUGUAGUUCAUACCUACACCGCCGUGACGACGCCGAAGCCGCUCUCCGUGCAAAUGCGCACAACGGUGAUUAAGGACAAAACUGACGACAAGUGGAAAGUGAAAGAAGUCCUUCCUAUGCACUGCAAAAGUUAGUUUCGUACUCGUAGUAAUUGCUGUUAUGCAUGACAAAUCUCUCUCCUAAGGUAAAACAGCAUUACAAAUUUCAUUUGUAAUGCUGAGCUAAUUUGUAAUGCAAUUUAUACUAAGUGCGAUGCUUUUGCAGUUCAUACUUCCCCCGGUCUCGCAAGUGUACAGUACCGAGCAGCUGAUCCAGAAGCGGAGCGCCGAGGUAUCCUGAGUAAAAACAUACCCACACCAUAGUCAAGAUGGGGAAUCGGCUAGACAAAUCCACAAGUUUUGGCUGUUUUGCAUGACAAAUUUGGAUUCGUAGUGUAGUGCUGUUUGAGCUAGCUCAGCAGCAUCGCAGAUCUAGUAGAUCAUGCUAAUUGGAGCAUUACAAAUUCCAAAACACGACUGGAAAACGCUUCUUAUCGUGCUCCGCAUGAGAAACAUUUUCAGCAUGCGCAUUUGCAUUACAACUCUGGUGUGGGUACGGUUUUACUCAGGAUACGAGGAGAGAAAGAUUCGCCUGGAAAAGCAAGCGGCAGACGCGGCGCUGGCGGCGAAAAAGAGAAAGGAAAGCGGUGGAGAGGUAAAAAAAGUCGCGAAGAAGAGUGAGGUCGCUGCGGGGAACAAAGCGAAAGAACAAAAGGGAGAAAAAACGGAGAACUCCCUGUCGUUUCAAGUGCAUCAGGACGAAGAGGAAGACGAGGAAGAGGGUUCUAGUACCUCUACGUCGUCGAAAAGUGGUACAGCUGCUUCUUCAAGAAAGGGAGCGGCGGUGGAGAAGAUGUCUUUCGAGCUGAAACAGAACCAGCAGAGAAGUGGCACUGAAACAGAAUCAAAAACAAUGGCAGCUGCUUCUGGCACAACUACAAGCGGUGCUAGUACCGCUAGCGAUCAAGACCCAGAGGGGGACCCAUCUAGUACUUCCGCGACAAAAGUGAACAAGAAAGCCACCUUUUGGAUCAAGCAGAAAGAGAACAACCCGAAAUUCUUAUCAAAUGCAAAAAUGUCUGGGUCAGGAAGAUUUCUACAUUUGUCAUGCAUAUGUUCCAUGAGUCAUGAUGUCUUUGAUGCAUGCCGUAGCAUCACAGAUUUUUAGAGGACUUUGUGAUACCUCUACCGCAUGAGAAAUGCCCACUCCACGUAGGACAACGACAAACCCGACCCCUCUUGCUGGUCAUGCAAUGCAAUUGUUUUUAGAAUCCACAGACAGCAUCACAAGUUGUGACCUUCCAGACCCAGACAUUUUUGCAUUUGAUAAUUCUGGGUGAAGAAUAAAGUCAACAAAGCAACCUUCUGGAUCAAAAACGGUGCUGAUGGAAAGAAGUCUGACGAUGAUGAAAGUGGUUCGACUGGUAGCUCUGUGCAGAUGAUGGCGAAGAAAAACAAGCACCAGCUCGACCUCACGAUUGAAACGGAUCAGAAACAUCAAACAACUGAUACCGCACGAGAUAUUAACAAGCCGCGUUCUAAGAAGAAGCAUCAGUCAAGAACAUCAUCUUCCGCGCCAGCGCCAGUCUUGCUGCAAGUAAAGAUGUUGACCGGGGAUAAGCAUGUAGAUCGUGCUAGCAAGAAAAGCGGAGAAGAUGGACACCACGAGGAGGACGAGGACACGACCACGACAAGCAAAAAUAAGAGCGAAGAUGAAGAGGAGACUACAACUACCGAGGAAAGCACGAAAAAGUCCGAAGAGGAGGAAGAGGACUCGUCGUCCCCAGUGGCCCUCGAGGAGAACAAGCGCACCGAACACGAACAGCACGAAAGUGAGACGCUGCAGACGAAGAAGACGAAAAAGAAAAAGGUAUCCUGUGCAAAAGUAUCGUACUCGUAGUAAUUGCAGUCAUGCGUUACAAAUUUUUUUCCCAAGGUAAAUACGCAUGACAAAUUUUAUUUCUCCUGCUGAGGGAAUUUGUAAUGCAUUUAUACGAGUGCGAUACUUUUGCAAUGCAUAAAAGGCUCAGUCGGGCAAUGUCCGGGCCUCGAAGGAGUACCGGGACGAAAUGGGGAUCACGCAGGCAGUAUGCAUCGCAAAAGUAUCGUACUACGUAUAAAUCGCAUGACAAAUUCGAAUUCCUUCAACGAACGAAGAAACGCCGAAUUUGUAAUGCAGAGUUACAAUUUAGGUAACGUAAAGAAAGUAGAUCUGUCAUGCACGACUGCGAUUAGCAGGGGUUGUACGUCACUUUUGCACAGCAUAGUCGGAGGAAGUGGCAGCGGAGGAGCGGAAAAAGGCAGCCUACCUGAACCAUUUGCACAAGGACAUCGACAGUGACAGCUCCGGAGAGGAUAAGCACUGCGUAAAAUCACGACCAUUUUCACCCUCACUUUGUAUUUGUAUUGCGCACGACGAACACAGAGCGCGUAGUAUACCUCCACCCGAAGUACCGAAUCAUGAGUAAUUCUAAUUACGGCUCGCAGUUGCAUCUCGCUCUUGCAUGCUCUGUAAGUGUCGAUGCAUUUGCAUUGAAGGAUCGCUGUACUUAAUAAAAACCCUAAAAAGCCCCUGGAUGUUGUGGGGAUGGCGUCGAUUUACGCAGUAUACAGUACCUAUGGCAGGACGACGACGACCCCUACAAGCCGCCGAUUGCGUGGUAUUUAGCGCGACACUCGUUGAAAAAAAAGGUGACGAAGUCCAUGACGAUGAAACUCCUAAACACUCCUGCUUCUUCUGCGAGUGGAAGCAGCAAGAAGAUUGAUGCAAAUCACAAAGACGACCACAGUCGUCCUGCAGCGGCUCCUGUCACGCUGUCAGCGACGUCGCGGAAAACGACAACAGCCUCGCACCGCCUCUUAUCACACAGAAAAAAGCAGGCAAAGCUUAUUACUAUCUAAACUGCAGCAGCUGGUCAAAAAUGCAGGCGAGGGGUAUGUUCGGGGGUAUGUUCGGGGGUGUGUCAGGGGUAUGCAAAUGGCCGUCAAUCACGGGCGGAUUGCAAUUUUUUGGCGAAAAAGCAACAGGUGGGGUAUAAACAUACCCCAGACACACCCCAGACACACCCCAAACGUACCCCAGACAGACCCCCGAACACACCCCAGGCAAAAAGUCCGAACAUACCCCAGACACACCCCGGACACACCCCGGGCAGACUUUCCGACACACCCCGGGCAGACUUUCGGACACACCCCGGACACACUUUGGGACCUCGCCACGCGAGCUGUGCAAUGGCGGGCUCCAGUUUGUCACGCGAGCCGCCACCCUGCCGAGCUUCCCGGGCCCCGUUGGCAAGGCCCAGGGACGAAAGGCGCCCUCGGCCAGCGCGGGGACCCGGUCCCCGCGUCAUGACCUGGGGGCCAGCUUUGGGCGCUUCCCGGACACCGUACGGCCCAGGGGCAAAAGCCCUAGGUCAGCGCAGGGACUCGGUCUCCGCGUCAUGACCUAGGGGCCAGCUAUGGGCGCUUACAUCCCGGAAACCAACCGCACGGCCCAGGAACAAAAGCCCCAGGUCAGCGCGAGGACUCGGUCCCCGCGUCAUGACCUAGGGGCCAGCUUUGGGCGCUUCCCGGAAACUAACCGCACGGCCCAGGGGCAAAAGCCCUAGGUCAGCGCGGGGACUCGGUCCCCGCGUCAUGACCUAGGGGCCAGCUUUGGGCGUUUCCCGGAAACUAACCGCACGGCCCAGGGGCAAAAGCCCUAGGUCAGCGCGGGGACUCGGUCCCCGCGUCAUGACCUCGGGGCCAGCUUUGGGCGCUUCCCGGAAACUAGCCGCACGGCCCAGGGGCAAAAGCCCUAGGGCAGGGCGGGGGCUCGGUCCCCGCGUCAUGACCUGGGGGCCAGCUUUGGGCGCUUCCCGGAAACUAACCGCGCGGCCCAGGGGCAAAAGCCCUAGGUCAGCGCGGGGACUCGGUCCCCGCGCCAUGACCUAGGGGCCAGCUUUGGGCGUUUCCCCCCGGCCGGAAACUAGCCGCAAGGCCCAGGGGCAAAAGCCCUAGGUCAGCGCGGGGACUCGGUCCCCGCGUCAUGACCUAGGGGCCAGCUUUGGGCGUUUCCCGAAAACUAGCCGCACGGCCCAGGGGCAAAGCCCCUAGGUCAGCGCGGGGACUCGGUCCCCGCGUCAUGACCUGGGGGCCAGCUGCAGACCCGGCGCCAGUUUCUUCCUUUCUGUUCUCUCUGUUCGCGGUAGGCUAACGGGUCUAGUGUGAGCAAGCAGAGGGGCUCCGUCCGCAGAUCUGUCGCGGAUCAGGGGACGGAGGCCACACAGAAACACCGGGCUGCAGGGGUCUGCCUGCGCAGUGCCACCACCGCCCCCGAACUCGUCCCAGACAAAUGCCGGAAGGUCGCCGCACGGGGAUUCUGUCCUCGUGCUCGGACCUUGUUUGUCAUGCAAAAAUAAAUACACAGAAAAAUCUGUCAUGGGCGGGCCCGUGGCAUGCUGUUUAGGAUAUUCAAUGCAGAUUUUUCCGUGUAUGUAUUUUUGCACUACAGAUCUGACCUGCCUGCUGUUUUCUGUGGGAUACCUCUCCGUCGAAGAAGAAAACGCGCAGUUGGCGGCCGCAGAAGAGGCAGAGGAGGCGAAGAAAGCGAAUGAGAAAAAGCAGAAGCACAAAAAGCGCAAGAAUAAACACCGACGUGGACACAAGGACAAGGCGAUAAAGAUGAAAAAGCAGAAGAAGAGCGGUGAUGUUGAGCCGCAGAGUGUUAGUGGUGCUGCAGCUGCUUCUACUUCUUCUUCCACCACCGCUGCUUCUAGUACCUCCCCGGUAAAUUUUCUGCAACUCGACGGGGGAACAAGGGCAGAUAGUCCGGAGAAAAAGACAUCGCUCGUCCAGAAGGAUCCCGUUUCUGAUCUUGCCGCCGAAGUAGCGGGGGAAGACGCUGAAAAAGACGAGGAGAGCUCGGAGGACAAGGACGAGGAGAGUGGAAGUGCGGACGAUGAAAAGGACGAGAGUGAUGAAGACGAGGAUGCUCCUCGAAAAAUCCAGGAUGCGAAGGCAGACGGCGCUGCAAAAUCAAACAAAGCCAAGACUAUGUCAGCAACUGCAACGUCGACGUCCAAAAGCGGCAAAACCAAAAAAGCGGCGAGCAAGAGUAAAAAAGCCCAGAAGGAAGAUGAAGAAAAUGAGGACGAAGAUUCAUCUGACUCGGCUACUGCCGAUGAGGAAGCAGAGGCGGAUAACUCCGAGGAUUCCGAAGACGAGAAAGAAGAGGACGAUAACAACAAUAAAUCCACGGCCGCGUUGGAAAAGGAGGCUGAAAAAGACGAAAAACACGGCCACGCUUCCCCAACAAUCAGUGCACUUUGGAAAAAGAGGAAGGAAGAAGCAGACGCUGCUGGUGCAGAACGAGGACCUUCAAACAAGAAAGACACAACUACUUCAACUGCCGGAAGCAAAGUAGAGCGAAAAGACAAAGACGACAGCGAAAAGACCGAGCAUCAAGCCGGGUCUUCUUUUUCGUCCUCAACCAAGACGACAAAGUCUGCACCGAAUUCCGCGCAAAUAAAGGAAUCUCUGGCCCGGACGAAAGCCAAGACGGAGGAGAAGCAACAAGCGGCGGAGAAAGCAGGAGAAGGUGAACAAGCUGCUGCAGGAGGAGCUACAAAGAAAGUCCAGGUCUACGCGGGUAUCGACUGCAACCUUAACAAUUGUUCGCCGGACCAGCAAAAAGCCUUCGACAACCGCCCAGACAAGCACAUCGGCGUGACCGUCCACCACACGGAAGUGCGAGGCAUAAUUCAUCCUCGCGCCCAUUCUGCGAACGUUGCCAUUUCUGAUGCUGAUCCAAAGGUGCAUCAGACCUCCGCGGCCUCAACAGCGACCGCUGGAGGUGCCCCAUCAUCUUCGCAUGGAACAAAUACUAAUUCACCCCUGUCCGCAGUGGCGAAGAAGAAGGUCGCCCAGGGAGCGAAGACAGCGAAGCUGAAGAUGCAGUUGAAAACGAAGAAAGGUACUAGCAAGAAGGGGCAGAUGAACAGCAACAAGAAGCAGCCAACAAUAGAGUGGCCAAGGACGGAUUCCCCCCCGACAGUUCCGAGAACAACUCCCACUGUUGGCAAGAAGUCCGCUGACAAGGUGAAAGCACCAGCAGAAAAAAAAGGCGUGAUGACGGGUCAGCCGCCGGUGAUCACGAUUGAAAACACAAGAAAAAUGUAUGUCGAGGAGAACAAUCUUGAUGCGGAAGAGUCAGCGGACGAAGAAGAGUCGGAUCAGCCAACUGAGGGAGAUUCAGCCCUAGAUGACGAGGAAAGAAGCGACGAGGCCAGCGUCGAGGACCACGACAAGAAAACUCCUGGCACCGAAAUAAAAGCGGGGAAGAAGAUGAAGAAUAAAAUCAAGACGAAGAAAGUGACAAAGACCAACAAAAAGUCCCGCCGCCGACGAGAGGAUGCGGAUGAAGAAAACGAAUCUGACUCGUUGGACCGCGAUAUGACAGUGCACAACUCCCUCUCUUCCUCAUUUGUAUAGCAUGAACGGCAAUACAAGUAGCAUGAGCAUCAGCAAGAGUGCCGGUUCUGCAUGACAAAGUUGCACGACUCCUGGAGCGUAGUGCAGCUAUUUGGGCUACCAGAACUACUUGUCAUGCAAACAGUGCCAAGAGGCAAAGGGUGGAUUUAUUGGGUACCUCUUUGCAUGACAAAUGAGGGGAACAAGGGGGAGUUGUGCAAUGCCAUACGCGAGAGCUACAGUGAGGAAGAGGAUAAAGAAGAAACGUCAGGGCCGGAUACCGAAGACGAGGAGGUCCUUGCGCAGCAAAAGAAAAAGGGCCAAGGCGUGGAUCCAAAAAAUAAAAAGGCCCCGGCCGUCGCGGAGGUGCAAAACAAGUCCAUCAGUGCGCCGAACAAGAGUGCGACUACUGCAGCGCCGGCCUCAACGACGUCAGAACUGGAGAACAAGACCACUGAAGCAGCUGCGUCACCUUCGUCUAAAGCAGGAGCGAAUUCAUCAUCUACAACGCCAGCAGCUGCAAAGACAAAGAGUGUUAAAAAAGCUCAGGGGCGGCCCGUACUAUUGUUCGAAAGCGAACGGGAAAUGCUUGAUGGAGAAGAUGAAGGUCAACAGGAUUACGGGAUGAAGACGAAGAGGAAGAAAAACAAAAAGAAAAAGGGUUCGUGGAGGUCCAAAUCUCGGACAACAACUCGGAAGUCAGAAGCCCGCGAGGAGGAGGACAGCGACAGGGACACCAGCUUAUCGCAAGAAAAAACUGUUUCAUUGUGAACUUGUGAUGCAGAAAAUGGACCACAGAACGACUUGCCUUGCUACACCUGCAAGAAGACAUUGGAUUUUCAAGCGUGUUUUCCCUUGGGAAGCGCGCAUGACAGAUUUUCAGUGUCAUGUGUAACAAACUUGUGAUGCUGAUCUUGCAAAAUCACCACAGUGAAACAGUUUUUUCGUGGGAUACAGCUCCUCCGCACUACAAUCUACUUCAAAAGCGGAAGAAGAUGCCGAAGACGUCGCGCCGCAAAAGGAAGUUGCUGCAGGCAUCGAGGAGGACGGCCAGAAGGAGGACAAGGAGGAUGAGAAGCCGUCGACGAGGAAGGGGAACAAAGCCACCUCGAGCUUGAAGGCUGAGGCGGGGAAAAAGGAGGGAAAGAAGCAAGCUGCUACUUCUGACUCUGAAGCGGAUGAAAAUAAAGGCACUACUAGCACGAAAAGUAGAACAAAGUCAACUUCGUCUGAAAAAGAUGAAAAAGACCACAACCUCUUCGACGAUAAAGAAGACGAGAAGUCAUCUUCAGGAAAAAAGUCGGAGCAACAAGUUUUGGAGGAGCAAGAGGAAGAGAUGCGGAAAGUGUAUGGCUUUGGAACUACAAGAAGCCCUUUUGCAAGGAUCAUGAUCAUCAUGUCAAAAUGUGCUGCUACUACAAGAGCACCAAAUUUGUAGUUUUCAUCAGCGCAAAACGUCAUGCAUUUUGAUUUUGCAUUUGCAUGAUAGGCCAAAGUUUUUAGUCUGGGAGUAGUUCUCUCUCUCGCUUCGUACUCCGAGAAAAGAGAGACAUCUCGUUUUCGAUUUCUCGUCUUCGAGAUUAUUCGUGUGUCGAUUUUGUUCGUGUGUCCGUUACAUCAACGAGCGUAUCUUCGGUUUUUGUCGAUCCCAUCAUUUGAUCUCUCUAUUUCGAUUCUCGAUUUCGCUCUCGCUUCGCUCCUCGCGCUCUUCGCUCGCAUCGACUACCGUUGAGGCUUACCUCCGGUCCGAGAGUCGUUUUUUGUUUUUAGUUUAGGAACGUCGUCCACAUCAGGCGAUGUUCCUGCCUUGCUCGUGCGCAUACGUACGUAGAUCUUUUGGCUUUGGUCAGAAGGUUUAGGGUCGGAGCGCUCUCAGCACUGCUGAAGCUUUAGAACCAGAUGGGAGUGCACACCCGGACGGAUCAGAGCAAAAGGCUUUAUUAGCGCUUUUUGAACGUAGAUUUUACCUUUACUUCCUUGCUGCUCUUUUGCUUUCCCCGGGCCCUACUGGCACCAAGCAGGGUUUUUUGUGGGUUGGGACAUGACACCAUCCGGUGUCCUAUGCGGGUAUUUUGCUUGAAUAGAAUCUUUAGGUCUUACCAUGCGGUUUUGUGCACACUCUCUCUGAUCAGUUGCGGUUUCCAGUUCUUCUCCCCUGAUUCAUCUUCCCGUUUCCGCCCCGGUACCUUCGCCUGCGUCGAAAAGGGUUUAGAAGGGUUGAGUGGGUUUUUGGUUUUAGGGUUCUAUUUUGAUUUUAGUCUGGGAGUAGUUCUCAUUGUGAAGACAGCUAUUACUUAUUUGUCGAGCAGAUCAUGAUUCUUGCGAGAUGAACAUCUGUUUUUAACCCCGCCAUACAUUGUUGUCUGCCGAGGCGGAGGAGGAGCCGGGCAAGCAUAAGCAACGGAAUAAAGCGCAACAAGUAAAGGAAAGUGCUACAAAAGGAGGCCAGAAUAAAGCUGCUGCUCCCGUCACCUUAACUGCCAAGCAAUCUUCUACGAGAAGUAGUAGUAAAGAAGAAAUGAAGUCGUCGAAUAAAGAGGGGACCACGACAAAACAAGGAUCUUCGACUACAGCUACAACAGCUCGCGUAAAGUCUGCUGUUGAUCAGCAUCGCUUGGAGAUUGAUAACGCGGCGAAACAGGUACAAAAAAAGAUGGCGCAGGAGGCCGAGGCACGUCGACAGAAUAACGGGUCCACUUCUUCGGGCGGAUUGGAAGCAGAAAAGUUCCGAGCUGUGCCGCUAAAAAAGGAAACGAUAAAUCACGAGUUGCACGAUGGAACGCCCACCGACCUGUCCGAGAUCGCCAAGUCGAACCCAGCGGUGGCGGCGCAUCUGCAAACACUGAAAAGAGAAAAGGAAGAAAAGGACAAGAAGAGAAGGCAGGAGCAGGCCACCAAAGUAGUGUCCGCGGAAGAUGCGGCCAAGGCAACGGAGCGAAAACUGAAGCUGGCGGAGGAAGUAUCCUGAGUAAAAACGUCCCCACACCAGAGUUGUCAUGCAGACUUGCAGUGACAGGAAGAGGAACACUUGUAAUGCGCUUCCCCAUGACAGGCAUUUCCAAUCGUGUUUUGGCAUUUGUAAUGUUGCAAACAGGAUAAGCAGGCGGAUUUGUGAUGCCGUUGUCCUUGCUAACAUGCACUACACUGCGGACUGCAACUUGUCAUGCGUGGCUCCCAAAACUUCUGGAUUUGUGUUGCUGAGUUUCCAAGCCCAACUUGACUCUGGGGUGGGUACGUUUUUACUCAGGAUAGGAAGCGGACAAAAAAUUUGCGAACGAGCUCGGGGAGGACAAGACGCUAAGCAGCUUCAACCCGGUCAAAGACUGGCGCACGGCGAACCGGCAAAAAAAAGUCAAAGCGAUUCUGCAAUCGGCGAACAAAGAUAUGUAUGUAUUUGUAAUUAGUAUCGUAUUGGUACGCUUGAAAAACGACCCUAUCUGUAAUGCUGAUUCAUCGUGUUCCAGUAACAGUAACGACAAGAAGCUAGCUAGGUUCAUCGUUUGUCAUGCAGAAGUCUUGCAAUAGCAAUUUCAGUACAAGUACGAUACUUUUGCAGAGGAUAACACGCCGGUGGGCGGGGAGCCGAUCGCAAACGUAUCAAAUGCAAAUACGUCUGGGUCUGGAAGAGUCAAGUCAUGCUGCUUUUGCAUGACACAGAAGGCCUGCCAUGGAAGCUCUAGCAUCACAGGUUUCGAGAAGCUUCCGCAAUGCCGAAUCCGCAUGACAAAUGCCCCAUUCUGGUAUCAGAAAGUGGCCAGCUUUCGCCGCCUGUGCAUGAGAGAUUUUUUUGUGUUGUAAAAGGCGCAUAACAAGUUUGCAUUCUCCCAGACCCAGACAUUUUUGCAUUUGAUGAAACGAGGAUAUCGACAACAUCACGUUGCUGAACAGCCAGCGAUAUCAAAAGCAAAUAUGUCGGGGUCUGGAAACUUGUGAUGCAAGGCAGGAAAUAGUGAGCACACUGCAGUGCGCUGCCAAGCAUGACAAGUUAUUCCGUGGUUUUGAGUUGCGUACUCCGCAUGAGAAACUGCGUUUUUGCAUGACAGCCAAGAGAAGCUCUUCGCGGCCACGCAAGACAGAGUUCAGAGUCAUGCCCGACUAGCAUGACAAAUCUCGCAAUCUCCCAGACCCAGACAUAUUUGCCUUUGAUAAGCGAAAGGAGAAAGCCGCAGCGGGCAUGAAUUUAAAAACGAAACAGGGCAUCAAAGAAUUCAAGCAGCACUUGGAAGAAAAGUCGUUGGAACACUUGAAGGAAGGCAGUGAAAGAAUGGACGCAAAAGCGGCAAUGAAAGCCGACAAAGCGGGCCGGGACAAGCUUGCUUCUCUCGUCAAUAUGAAUCAGCACACUGCUAUUGAGGAGAAAACACCCAUCCCCAUGCAUUUUUUGCAUAACAAACCCUGCAACUUCUCCAUGUUUUUCAUGACAAAUUGGAUGGCGAUGAGUGUUUUUUCCUGGAGAACUGCUUUGAAGAGCGCGGAGGCCACGAAGACCAUGACGGAAGAACAACGUAUCAGAAAGUGAAAAAAUAAAAACGGUUUUGUACUACUUGUCUUUUGUGUUUGACUCUUCGUUGUAACAAAAAAAUAUUGCAUUUGCACCGAUGCAGGGAGGUGUGCAGUCGUAGAGCCGUGCGGUUUCGUAAACUUUUGAGCAGUUGUAUAGUACAGCUGUAAUAGUAGCCCAGCAACCCUGAUACGAAGCACUUUUAGGUAGUCUCCGCUCGACAGACAGGGCGGAUGAGGAACGAAACACAAAUGCACUUUAUAACAACAUUGCAUUUUGCUGUAUUGCCUAAUGCAUCGCAAUAACGAAUAAAAAUAAAUAUUUGAAAUUUCGGCGAUUUCAUGAAGCAAUAAAAAUAAAAAUUUGAAAUUUCGCGGAUUUCAUAAAGCAAUAAAAGAUAAAAUUUGAAAUUUUCGCGGUUUGUAUGUUGUUCGGAAUAGCGCCUGAAGCGGGUGCUUGCGACCGACCUAUGCGGUGCUGGGCUUUUCGAUGUCGAUAAAAAUAAAAUUUUAAAAUUUCGCGGAUUUUGGCGGAAGUUCCAAGCUUUUGCUGUUUUUCGGCAACACAAGCUGCUUCAGUCCCCGUAUAAUUGAGAAGCGUGAUGUUGUAUGUAGGUGAUCGAUGCGUUUGACAUGUGAUGAAAAUGAAAUUUUAAAAUUUCGCGGAUUUUCGUCAUCAAUAAAAAUAAAAUUUUGAAAUUUCGCGGAUUCCUUCUUGUAGCGCUUUUGCUUGUUCGUGUCUGGGAUAGAGCAAGCGCAUAUCUUCUCACAGUACCUGGUACCUUGGGAAAGGCUAUAAACAGGUCGUGGUACCGCGAGUAUAAUUUGAAAGUUUCCUUUUUGAGCUCCUCGUAUGUCCACGCUGAUUCGUCGACCAUUGAUCGAUUGCACAAUUUCGUCAUCAAAAGGCGACUAUUUCAGUUCGUGUUGCGAGUGGAUUUCCGGGGCACUUUUUGGCGCCGGUCGUGCGCCCAAUUUUAUCUGCCUACCUAGCCGCGGCUGGCCUUUUUUGGACACGAAAGAGCGACUAUGUCAGGUCGUGUUGGGAGUGCAUCUGCAUUUGUUCCGGGGCACUUUUUGGAACGACCGUGCGGGGGGCCCGCCGGAUUAUCCCGCCUCGCUAGCCGCGGAGGGUGCCCGGAUUUUUGUUUCCCAGGAAUAAAAAGUGGCUAAGCCGGGCCUCAGCCUUGUUUUCGAUAAAUAAAUUGAAAUUCAGUCCUUGUACUACACAGGAGAACUGCAAGACCGUUUCAAAAUUUGUUUCCAACCGGCAUACUCCGUGAGGCCAAGACGGAAGAGAUGGAGUUGAUGUUGGCGGCAGGGCAGAAGGAGGCGGCGUUCAGCGAACAGGAGUUGGACAUGUUGAAGCAGAAGCGGCAGGAGAAGAGCGACAGCUGGGCCCUGAAGUUGAACAAGAUGGAGGCAAACCUCCAUCUCGCCGACGACCAGUUGGAGCGGCUGCGGGAGCUCGGCCACGUCGCGUAUCGCAAGAAAAAACUGUUUCACUGUGAUGAUUUUGCAAGAUCUGCAUCACAAGUUUGUUACACAUGACACAGAAAAUUUGCCAUGCGCCCCUUUCCAAUGGGAAAACACCCCUAAAAAACCAAGGUCUUGCAGGUGUAGUAAGACAAAUAGUUCUGUGUUCCAUUCUAUGCAUCACAAGUUCACAGUGAAACAGUUUUUUCUUGGAUAUCGCGGGCAAGGACUUCAAUAAGGGAGCCGACGUGAAGCAGGCCACCCAGGACAUCGACUGGGGCCACUGGGGCGAGCACAAAACGCUGAGCAUCGACCCCGCAAGGCGGGAGGAGGCACAUCUAAAAGCCAUGGCGAAAAAGAAACCAAGGGAAGAGGAGGGUGAUUCGGGCGAGGAGUAUGCAAUACAAAUUUCACGUACAUGUACAAGAUGCAUAACAAAUUUCACCAAUUUAGAGCAUAAAACUUGUCAUGCUAAACUAGGAUCGAAGCCAAGUUUUGUCAUGCGGAGACCGCAUUUGUACGUGUGCGGGAAAUUUCCUGUGGAUAAGGAGUAUCCCGACAUGCCUGAGGACGUAGACAUGAACUUCGCAGAAACACACAAAUAG